GCAUUGCAUUGCUAAUGUACUUCGAAGGUGGAUUUACUGGGCCAUAAUUUUGUUUUUUUUGCCGUUGGGAACUCGAUUUAAAUCUAUUUUCUUUUUUAUAUUCGUUCUAACGUAAUAUACUAUGAGUUUAAUGUACAUGUUGUUGAAAAACGGACGUCCUUCAAUGUUUUAACGUUGCUUGUUAGCUAACUUGCUAACUAGCAUUUACUAGCUUCUUAAGUGGUUGUAGGUUCUUAUUUUCGAUGGUAACAUGAUUUCCGUAUAUGUAUAUUGGUAAAAUACAUUUUUUAAAAGUUAAUAACGUAUUGGAGCUUUGUCUUUAUUACAUAAAUAAUGUCAAUUAACGGUAAUAUUUAGAUACUUGGAAUUCUCCGUCACCGUUGAUUGGCUACCAUGUCAGACUUUAUUGAUAGCGAAGCCGAGGAAUCAGAGGAGGAGCUUGAAGAGAAAGACCUUAAGCCUAAGAAGACUCAGAGAUUUCUGGAAGAAGAUGAUGAAGAGGAAGAUGUUGACAACCCGGAAGAACAGGAUGAGCAUGGGAAUUUGCGUGGUCUAAUUGAUGAUGGAGAUGAUGAUGGGGAUGAGGAGGAAGAAGAAGCACCAAAAAGUGGAAGUGGAGGGGGGAGUGACUCAGAGGAAGAAGUGAGGCGUCGCCAUAAAAAGCGCAAUUAUGAUGACUACCUAGAUGAUGACGAUCUUGACCUCAUUGAGGAAAAUUUAGGCGUCAAAGUAAAAAGAAGGAAGAAGAAAUAUGACCGUGUCAAGACACUAGACGACGAUGAAGAUGACGACGAGAAGGACCUGAUUGCAGAUGAGAUUUUUCAUGGAGAUGGUGAUGGAGAUCUGGAGGAAGGCGAGGCCGUGGACGAGCCCCUCCAGCAAGUAGAUGAUGAAGAAGAAGAUGAUGACGACUCAGAUAUAAAUGAUUUUAUCGUGGAUGAUGACGGCCAACCCAUCACAAAAAAACGGGGCAAGAAGUUCUCUGGAUACACAGAUGCAGCCCUCCAAGAAGCCCAGGCAAUUUUUGGUGGCGACUUUGACUUUGCUGACAUUGAUGUAGAUGAAGGAGGUGAGGAAGAAGAGGAAGAUCAAGAUGAAGAGGGCUGGGACCGACCGAAGAAACAGACUAAAAGGAGAUUGGGAAGAAAGAGCAUCUUUGAAAUCUAUGAGCCCAGUGAACUGGAAAGCAGUCACAUGACUGACCAGGACAAUGAGAUUCGGUCCACAGACAUGCCCGAGAGGUUCCAGUUACGAUCCAUUCCUGUUAAACCUGCUGAGGAUGAAGAGCUGGAAGAAGAAGCAGAGUGGAUCUUCAGGCAUGGUUUCUCCACUCUCACCAUCUCCAUGCAGGAAAGCACAGAUUAUCUCGACAGAGGAACAACCACAAAUUUCAGCCGAAAGGGUCCAAGUACCAUCGCCAAGAUUAAGGAGGCUCUGAACUUCAUGAGGAAUCAACAAUUCGAGGUUCCCUUUAUAGCUUUCUACAGAAAAGAAUAUGUUGAACCAGAGCUAAAUAUCAAUGACCUGUGGAAGGUGUGGCAAUGGGAUGAAAAGUGGACUCAGCUGAGGACCCGAAAGCAGAACCUGACCCGGCUGUUCCAAAAGAUGCAGUCAUAUCAGUUCGAGCAGAUAUCUGCUGACCCUGACAAGCCUCUGGCUGAUGGGAUUCGUCCUUUAGACACCGCUGACAUGGAGAGGCUAAAAGAUGUACAGACUCUCGAAGAACUUGGAGAUGUGUACAAUCACUUCCUGCUCUACUAUGGUCGAGACAUCCCCAAGAUGCAAAACGCUGCAAAAUCCACCAAGAAGAGGCUCAAGAAGAUCAGAGAAGUGACAGAAGAUGGGGAAGAGGAGGAGCUUGAAAUUGAAGAAGAGGAGGAGCAAAAAGGCCCUGACCUCAAGCUGGCAUCUCGCAGGGAUAUGUACAGCAUUUGCCAAAGUGUUGGACUUGAUGGCUUGGCUAAGAAGUUCGGUUUGACCCCUGAGCAGUUUGGAGAGAAUUUAAGAGACAGCUACCAGCGUCACGAGACGGAGCAGUUCCCCGCCGAGCCGCUAGAACUGGCGAAAGAUUAUGUGUGCAGUCAGUUCUCCACUCCCGAGAAUGUGCUGGUUGGAACUAGAUAUAUGGUUGCCAUGCAAAUUGCUCGGGAACCUCUAGUCAGGCAUGUUCUCCGCCAGACCUUCCAGGAAAGGGCCAAGAUCAACAUCAAACCCACAAAGAAGGGUAAAAAGGAGGUAGAUGAGGCUCACUUUGCCUACUCCUUCAAAUACCUGAAGAACAAGCCUGUAAAGGAGCUGAAUGGGGACCAGUUCUUGAAAAUGUGUCUGGCUGAGGAAGAAGGACUUCUUACCAUAGACAUCUGUAUAGACCUCAUAGGCGUUAAAGGGUACGCUGGGGACCAGACAUACUUUGAUGAAAUCAAACAGUUCUACUACAGGGAUGAGUUCAGUCAUCAAGUCCAGGAGUGGAACAGACAGCGAACCUUAGCGAUAGAGAGGGCCCUCAAUCAGUUCCUCUACCCUCAGAUGGCCAAGGAGCUCAAGAGCAAACUGAUCGCUGAGGCCAAAGAGAACAUAGUCAGGUCCUGCUGUCGCCGGCUGUAUAACUGGCUGAAGGUGGCUCCGUACAGACCAGAUCAGCAGGUUGAGGAGGAUGAUGACCUGAUGGAUGAGAGUCAGGGGAAGGGCAUUCGGGUGUUGGGGGUGGCGUAUGCUCCGAGCAGAGAUACACCCGUUUUCUGUGCUCUGAUAAAUGGAGAAGGAGAAGUGGUGGACUUCCUUCGACUUCCUUACUUUAUGAAGAGAAGAAAUGCUUUCAGGGAGGAUGAAAGAGAGAAGAAGGCCCACGAUAUUGAAAAUCUUAAGAAGUUCCUAUCGAGUAAAAAGCCUCAUGUUGUAGCUGUCGCAGGAGAAAACCGAGAUGCUCAAAUGAUCAUGGAAGACAUGAAGAGAACCAUCAGUGAGCUUGAGCAGGAGUCCUCUCUGCCUCCUGUGGGGGUGGAGCUUGUGGACAAUGAAUUGGCCACAUUGUACAUGAACAGUAAGAAAUCUGAGAACGACUUCAGGGAUUACCCGCCUCUGCUGAGGCAGGCGGUGUCAAUCGCCAGGAAGAUCCAGGAUCCGCUGCUGGAAUACGCUCAAGUCUGCAGCACGGACGAGGACAUUCUCUGCCUCAAGCUGCACCCGCUGCAGGAGCAUGUGGUGAAGGAGGAUUUACUCUCCGCUCUUUACUGCGAGUUCAUCAACCGCGUGAACGAGGUGGGAGUGGACGUGAACAGAGCCAUCGCCCAUCCUCACACUCAGAGCCUGGUUCAGUACGUCUGUGGUCUGGGACCAAGGAAGGGUUCCCACCUUCUGAAGAUUUUGAAGCAGAAUAACACUCGUCUGGAGAACAGAACACAGCUCGUCACCAUGUGUCACAUGGGGCCUAAAGUGUUCAUCAACUGUGCUGGUUUCAUCAAAAUAGACACAGCUUCACUUGGAGACAGCACGGACUCGUACAUUGAGGUUCUGGAUGGUUCUCGCGUCCACCCUGAGACCUAUGAGUGGGCUCGCAAGAUGGCUGUAGAUGCCCUCGAGUAUGAUGAGUCUGCAGAAGACGCAAACCCAGCCGGGGCUUUGGAGGAGAUCUUAGAAAAUCCAGAACGUCUCAAAGACCUGGACCUGGACGCCUUUGCUGAGGAGCUCGAGAGACAGGGUUAUGGCAACAAGGGAAUAACGCUGUACGACAUCCGUGCAGAGCUGAGCUGCAGGUACAAAGACCUCCGAGUUCUCUACAGAGUGCCGAACACUGAGGAGGUCUUCAACAUGCUGACCAAGGAGACUCCUGAGACCUUUUAUAUCGGAAAGCUGAUCACCAGCAUUGUGACCGGUAUUGCUCACAGACGGCCUCAAGGAGAGAGUUACGAUCAGGCCAUUCGUAACGAUACCACCGGUCUGUGGCAGUGUCCGUUCUGCCAGCAGGACAAUUUCCCUGAGCUAAGCGAGGUGUGGAAUCACUUUGACAGCGGCUCGUGUCCUGGACAAGCCAUUGGGGUGCGGAGCAGAUUAGAUAACGGCGUCCAAGGAUUCAUUCCCACAAAGUUUCUCAGUGACAAAGUGGUCAAACAUCCAGAGGAAAGAGUGAAGGUGGGCAUGACAGUCCACUGCCGCAUUAUGAAGAUCGACAUCGAGAAGUUCAGCGUGGAUCUCACGUGCCGCACCUCAGAUCUGAUGGACAAGAACAACGAGUGGAAGCUUCCUAAAGAUAGUUACUACGAUUUCGACACAGAAGCUGAGGACCAGAAGCAUGACGAGGAGCUCAAGAAGAAACAGCAAAGAACACCAUAUAUAAAGCGUGUGAUCGCCCAUCCCAACUUCCACAACAUCAGUUUCAACCAGGCGGAGAAGAUGAUGGAGACUCUGGACCAGGGAGACUUGAUCAUCCGGCCCAGCAGCAAAGGGGAAAACCACCUGACAGUCACCUGGAAAGUCGCUGAUGGCAUCUACCAGCAUGUGGAUGUGAGAGAAGAAGGCAAAGAAAAUGCAUUUAGCUUAGGACACACUCUCUGGAUCAACACUGAGGAAUUUGAAGAUCUGGAUGAAAUAAUUGCUCGCUACAUUCAGCCAAUGGCCUCAUUUGCACGAGAUCUGCUCGGACAUAAGUACUUCCAGGACUGUAACGGGGGAAGUAGAGAGAAAAUGGAAGAGGCGUUGAUCAAGACGAAGAGGGAGAAGCCUACCUUUAUUCCAUACUUUAUUUCUGCAUGUAAAGAUCUACCUGGAAAAUUCAUUUUAGGCUAUCAACCUCGUGGAAAACCUCGGAUUGAGUAUGUGACCAUCACCCCGGACGGUUUCCGAUAUCGCUCUCAGAUAUUUCCCACUGUAAACGGGCUUUUCCGAUGGUUCAAAGACCAUUACCAGGAGCCUGUGCCAGGCGUCACUCCCACCAACAGCAGUCGGACAAGAACGCCUGCGUCUCUGAACGCCACCCCGGCUAAUAUCAACAUAGCAGACUUGACACGCGCCGUCAACGCACUUCCAAGAAACAUGACUUCACAAAUGUUCAACGCCAUCGCUGCCGUCACAGCCCAGGGCCAAAACCCCAACACCACCCCUGCACAGUGGAGCUCCAGCCAGUAUGGUUAUGGUGGGAGCACAGGAGGGGGCGGGAGCUCCUCUGCUUACCAUAUGUUUGCUACACCUCAGCAGCCCAUAGCCACACCCAUGAUGACCCCCAGCUACUCCUACACCACGCCCAGCCAGCAGGCCCUGGGUACCCCCCAGUACCCCGGCUCCACCCCUCAGUCCUCUCACACGCAUCAUCAACACCUCCCACAUCACAGCCACCCGCCUCACAGCAGCCACCACGGCCACUCUUCGGGAACGCCGUCAUCCUCCACGUCAUCCAGAGGACGCACGCCACAGCAGCAGCAGCCGCCGCCUCAGCAGCCGACGCCCCAAAAACAACCACAGCCAAGCAGCAGCGGCAGCAACGCCUCGGCGGUGGACUGGGGAAAGAUGGCCGAGCAGUGGCUGAAGGAGAAGGAGGCCGAGGGGCGAAAGAAAGCCUUGAGGAUGACGCCGCGGCCGUCACCCAGCCCCAUGAUCGAAAGCACACCCAUGUCUAUUCCUGGAGACGCCACGCCCCUGCUGGAUGAAAUGGACCGAUAGGACACAUAGGGGGGUACACACACCCCCCUACCCACCCUCAUCCUUCGUACUGCCAUUUCCCCGACUCCUCCCACUGACACCCACAUAGGAUAUCCCACCUACCCAGUCUGGUGUCAAAGGUCACGUCCUCCUGUCUGCUCAUUUCACACCCAAAGCUUUAUAUCUCUGACUGCGUAGUAUUUUGUAUAGUCAGCAUAACACUGUUAGUCGUUUGGAAUGGCAGUACAAUAAAAUAAAAGAACUUGAAGUAUUAGUUACAUAAAGGAUAUGGACCUACACAGACACUUACAGGCCGGCUGUCCUAACACCCCUGUUUUUGGUUUUAGUUUGAUCUGGGGGGGGCAGAUAUAUGAUUGGUGGAGUUCUGCCCAAAACAGAUCUUUGCCAAUCAGAAACUUUUUUUUGUAUGCAUCAUAAUGAAUAAAGACGUUUUUUUUCCCUCCUGCUUGAACUCCACUGUUCACAUAUGUCAAACACAAACUGUACAGACACGGGGGGGGGGUGUUCCUGCAAAUGAGCUCCACCACAUGCUGUAUUACGCUCAGACAACUGUGUUUUUGGCUGCUGUAGAUAGCUGCUCAUAGGAUGCCUCAGUAAGUGCAGUGGUUUGCUUUAGAGCGUGAAUGUGAGGACAGAUGUUUUCAGUGUCGGACAGUCUGCUGUCGAUUCUGAUCUUAGGCCGCAUUCGCCGUCGUUUGGAUGUUAUCCGAAACAAUCUCGCAGAGGAGGAGGAGUGUGGCUGUUAUUCUGAAGACACUAUCAGCUGAAGAUCCUAUUAGACCGACUUCAUCCCAUUAUGUUUAUAUUGUUAGCUCGGUAACAUUUUGAACUGCACGCAGUUCAUUUAGAAAAUGAUGAUAAAUCUGGUUGUCAUUUGGAAGUUGAAUGUCUCUGCUGGCCUCAUGAGUUUUGUUUUUGCUGUGCCACAGUGUAAACAAGCAGCCCCGGUAUUUAAACGUGUGCUUUUGGUACCAGUAUGCAGAGUAUCAUGGUCGAUUGUUUUUAAAUGAGGUGACACUUUUACUGAAAAUCCUGCAACUUGUCAGACUGUCAGCAGUCAUUGAUGGAGGUGUCUGCUCGGCUGAUGGUCUUUUCUACAUGUGAUCCCUUUAAUAAAAGUGUUCCUAGUAAA